GGCAGGAGGCAACACGGCGUAUGGGCAACACAACAGUGCGACUCCAGUUUUCCAUACGCUCAGUUGUGCCCGCGGUCAAGGGAAAAUCGCAGCCGAGCACUUCCGCCGAGCGAAGCCAAAUAGAAAUCAGGAAACUAUAGUACUUAGCGAUCUGUAAAAAGUCCACAAGAUGACCAAAGUUGAGCUCUACAAGUCGCGCGUCUUCGUGACAAUCAUACACCUGUGCGCCCUGGGCCAGUUCGCCUAUGGGCUCUACUACAGCUCCUUCGAGAUCCAAAGGAGCUACAAACUGAAGACGAGCCCCAAUCGCCGCCUGGUCCCGGAGUCGCUGCCCCAAAAAAUCAAGCUGCUGUCCUACUGGUCGCUGAUAAUUCAGGCACUGUACUACAUAGUGUCGCUGGUCAACGAUUUCGUGGGCACCAAUGAGCUGACACCCAAGAAGCCGCCGGCGGUGCGCAGGUUCAAGGACUGGCUAAUGGCUACAUUGGCCUUCCCGGUGGCCAUCAACGUGGGCGUGACCUUCUGGACUCUGUACGCUAUCGACAGGGAGCUGGUAUUCCCCAAGGUGCUGGACCCCGUGUUCCCCAGCUGGCUCAACCACGUCCUGCACACCAACAUUGUGGUGUUCAUCGUCCUGGAGCUGUUCAUCUCGUACAGGUCGUACCCAAAACGCAGCCAAGGACUUGCAGGACUGGCCAUCUUCAUGGGCGCCUACCUGGUCUGGAUCCACGUGGUGAAGCACUACUCGGGCGUGUGGGUGUACCCAGUGCUUGAGGUGCUGCAACUGCCGCAGCGCAUAUUGUUCUUCGCGGCCGUCGUGGGAUUCACGCUGUCCCUCUAUCUGCUGGGCGAGUUCCUCAACAACACCGUCUGGGCCAAGGAGGUGAAGCUGGCCAGGCGCAAAGCCAACUAGGAGUAGGCUGUGACCCGUUUUUGUUCGAUGUAGUUGCGUUAAUUAGCCACAAAAUACAAGUGAUGAUUGACAGGUCUCGGUUAUAGAUUUUGCUUAUAUUGUUCGAUCUUCUCAGCCAAAGAUAGUAUUUAUAUGUACAAUCGUACUGCAGAGUGGACGCAAGAAGUCGUACAAAAUAUGUGAGAGAGAAAUAAUAAACGAAGCUUGCAACAUUGACUCGAUAAUAUAUUUUCCAGUAAUAUGAAUUGUGAGUCUUUAAUCGUAAUAGGGAAACCCGUUUGCUAAUGAUAUUCAUUAUAUUCUUAUUACGAAUACAUUGUAACUGAGAUUAUAGCCGUAGUUUCAAUUGAGUGUGCGCGUCUUUCGAACGUUUUUAUUAGACUAACUAAAAUUGCAAAAAUGCCUUCUCGAUUAAACCACUCAUAUCAGCACUCCGAUUCAACGCCAUCUUUGAGUACCACUGUUAUUCAAUUCUAGUACCAUAAUAAAGCGAUUAAACUCUUUA